AUGGGUGGCACCAAGGCGGCGACGUCCAUGUCGACAGCAUACCUGCAGGUCAUCGAGAGCCUCGAAGGCACGGUCAAGAUGACUGGCAAGUGCGCUCUAACGGGCGAGCUAUCUGAUAUUGGCGUGCCCAAGCUUGGCGUCGACAGGUCGCAAGGCCACAAGCCGUCGCCGGAUCUGGUGCCGGUCAAGCAGCCAGCGUCGGUCAUCACCAGCUUUGGCGCCGCGCCGCUGGUCGUGCCCAAGGAGCACAUCUACUUUGUCCAAGGCGAGCUUGCGUGGGCGCGCUACCUUGACGGCUGGACGCGGCACAUCGUCACGAGCGUCCUCAAGCCUACAUGUCGACGCCCCGUGAUGCAUCUCUCGCACAUGACGAUCGAUGGCCCCGGCGCGUCGCCCGUGCUCACGCCGGCGCGUGUACCCCGGGGUACGUUCGGGACAUUGGCCAUUGCGCUGCCGUCGGCGUGCGCCCGACGCAUCACCAUCACGGGCCAGGACGACAUGGCGUGGAUGCCGUUGACAGAUAUGACCAUGAGCUUCGCCGCGUGGUACAACGACUGCAGCCUCGCUGUGGCGCCGAUCACAGCGCCCGGCCACCGCGCCUACCUCGUGUACAACUUGGUGACGAGCGACGGCGAGCCGCAUCGGACAGGUCCGGCAUCGACGUCGUCCGCCGCCAGCGAGCUCGCGGCCCUCGCUGCGCAGCCCCACCAGCUUGACACGACGUAUGCGUACCGGCUCUACACCAAGACCACCGAUCUGCGGUUCGAGGCGCUUCAAGGUCGGGAUGCUGCGUUUCUCGACGCCCUCGUCGCCGCGGGGUCGUUUGAUGUUGCGCUCGUUCGAGCGUCGCGGCAGCAGCUCACGAGCACCGAGAUGCACACGCCCAAAUGCAACAAGGCGCGGCAAGAACGCUUUCGACAUUACGACAUGGCGCCGACCGCGCCAACGCAGCUGCCGAAGGAAGAACGCACACCGUUGGGUUAUGGCGAGCUUACCAUCAAGGUCUCGGACGUUCCUCGUGACACGUACGACGACAACGGCAACGCGCGUGACACGGACGCGUCGGACGCCGAAUUCUGCAGCGAAGACGAGAGGUUGGACGCCGCCGUGGAGAAGAAGCGUCGGCGUUUCGACCUGAGAAGGGAUCUGUUGGACGAAGGGCAAUUGUACUAUACCGACAACGCCGUCGACAAGAGCUUUCUCUGCAAGUCCAAGACGACCAAGAGGCGUCGCCGUGACGCGACAGAGAAGGCAGGCGACGGCGACGAGUUGCCAAUGGCGCUUGUGUAUGACCGCAGAGACUUGCCGCACCAAAGCGACUCGGAUUGUGACGACGACGACGACGACACAAUCGCGUACGACGGUCGUGCCUACACCGACGACGACGAGUACGACGACAUCGACGACGGCGAGCAGGACAGCGAUGCGGGUGUCGACGCUGCGUAUCGCAAAGCUCAAGCCCGCGGCUACAAGUACUGCGUCUGCGACGAGAUUCCGACACGCCAACCGUGGCGCCGCAUCACCGAAGCGCUCGUGCACCCGACGUCGUCUAUCGCGAUGCAGUCCACACUCGUCGGUCGGUCGGUCGGGCGCUGGGUCACACGGCGCGGUCUCAAACGCCUGCGCUCUUCUCUCCUCGUGUUUUGGCCCAAGCGCCACCGCUCGCGCCUCGCAGGCAUCGAUGUCGCUGUCGCCGCCCUCGAGAAAGACGAGCCAAGUCGGCUUGGUUUUGCAACGACCGAGGACGUCGCCGCCAGCCUCAUCGACGCAAUCGGUGCCCCGGAAGUGCGCUUCAUCGACGCCCACGUGGACUCGGUCGGCGCGUAUCUGCUCCGCCACCCGUCGGCCACAUUGGCGGGCCGCUUUCUACCGCAUAGCUUUACAAUGCGCAAACGAGCGUCCCGGCGCCGCGGUCUCCGAUGGCUCCAAGCCGCCAUCGCCACUUACGGUGUUGCCCCCUUCCGUCGGGAUAUCGUCGCUCUCUGCGCGCCCGAGCACAAGGGCUUCUACUACAUGCUGUCCCUUGGCAUGACGAUCCAGUGGAUACGCCGGCUUUUCGUCUCCAGCGCCGCGUACACCACGCAAGACGGCUUCGUCCCGCUUCUCGUCCAGUGCUGGGAAACGCUCGCAACGCAGCUCGCGGCCAUCCAGUCGCACGGCGCAUAUCGGGAGGCGGACCAGUUGAAUCCACCGAUGCUCCAAGCGGCGCUCGAGCUCGAGGCGGCGGCAACCGCAGCGUCCACCGCGUCGUCGUUUCCAACGACCAUGCACACGUUUGCUACGACCCUGUACAAGACGCCCGAAGCGUUCUUGCUCAUGGUCGUCCCGGCGGUUCUCAACGCGACACCAAUGACGGUCGCAGCGCCCUUUCUGCCUCGGCUCCGGGAAGUAGUGCCAACGCUGCCGAAGGAGCUCUCGGCCUUUUGCGAGAUCGACCACUUGACCGUGCGCUUCCACGCUCGGUACAGCGACGUCCUCGCUGUCUACAAGCAGGUGGCGGUCCUAGACGACUUUAACGUAGUCCGCAUCAUGCUCGAAGCCCUUCGUAGUGGUGCGAGUGUCGCCGCCACCGUGGUGCGGGAAUACGAAAACCUCGUGAGCGUCGAGGAGCUCGUGUGGACGGUGCUGGAGGCGCUGGCGGCUUGUCACUUUCUCUCGCCGCCGCAUGUCGGGCGGCUCCUUGAUUUGACAACCAAGAUCGUUUUCGCGUCGCCGGAAGCACUCUAUUACGUCCGCCGCGUGCUCUACCCCGUCCUUCGGUACCUCGAGACGACCUUGACCAUGUACAAGGAACAUCGCGAUCGGCUCGCGACGCUCAUCCAAGCUGCCCUGCAAGACGCUUCCAACGCCCCCGAUGCACACUCGAUGGUCACGUUCAACGUCGCCUGUCACUGCCCUGAGUGCACCACGCUGCUGCGUCACUUGACCGACCAAGGACCGUAUCAGACCUUGCAUACGCUGCUGUCGGCGAUCUGCGCCAAGCUGCGAGCAGCGGUCAAAGCCCUCCCGCCGCAUCAAUGCGUGGUGCUCACGCUCCUUGGGUCGGCGACGGUCCGCCUACAAAUCUGGACAAAAGUGGGGCCCAAGCGCAGCGCCAGCGGGACAUCGCCAUGA